AUGAACAAUAUACUCAAUAAACCGCCGGCUAUAUCUGAAGACACUCUACAAUAUACAAUAUAUCCUCCUCAAGGAUCAUCAGACCGAGCAUCGGUCACAGCCAUCGCUGUGGCUAUACAGUCGUUUGUCGAUUAUGUCCUUCAAGGCUUCGUCUGGCAUCGAGAUCCAUUUGAGCUCAAGGUUGUGCAAAAUCUCGAAAGCAAGGAAUGGAUGCUGGAGGGUCAUAUGAGAGUGGGAGACUCUGUAGACGAUGAAUGGUGCACAGUAUAUCUACUGCGCGAAAUGAGCGCAAAAUGGGAUCUUGUCAUAAGCGUCCGCGAUUCUGAUGGAGAGUUUCUACUCAUCGAAGCUGCUGACUAUCUUCCAUCAUGGGUCUCACCCUCCAACUCUGAAAAUCGGGUCUGGAUCUAUAAAUCCCACAUUCACCUCAUAGACCUCUCACACAUAUCUCCGCCUUCUAACAAAAAGACACAUCGACGACUUCCAGGCUCAAAAGAAAGUGAUGGAGAGGACGCCAUCAGUCUUGACGCUGAAGGUUUUCUAAGUAUACAGGACGGACUACGCUUGGUGCGAGAUUCAUCUACCUACACAGCAGCCCCAGCAGAGGUAGAGCGAGCUAUUUGGGAAAGACUUAGUGGAUACCCGACGGCUCUCAAACAGCACAUCCAUGUGACAAAGGCUGAUCUACCUCUAGAUGUAGCUAGAGCACUGUCGUCGGACCCCUCGCUUGUUCAAAAGGCUGUGGAAACUUUCUACACUCGUGAUGCCCUUCAGCUGCGGGCAGCUCGCAAGAUGUCUCGGUUCCCGCCUCAACCUUCUGUACUUCGUACAGUAAAAAUGACACGAACAGCGUACGCUCAGCUAGUCGGGCAAAAAUUCUACCCUCCGAAGAUAUUUGGUCAGUGGCAUGAAAACGAGGGAAGUAACGAGUGGCGAUGGAGGGAUGUGGGCAUGAAAAUUGCUUGCGGGUUCGAAAUGCUUUUCCAGGAGAGUAAAAAUCGAUCUGAUGCGUCACAAACAACCAUUGAGGGUAUCCAUUCUGUGAGGGAUGCGCAGAAGGACGCCUUACGACGCCACCCCGACUACGCCAAAUAUAUCCAAAGUUUAGUGUUCGCUGGAUAUUUUCAAGGCGAGCUAGAAGGCUCUCAGCUGUGGACUUCGCUUGAAGACAAAGCUGCUCAGAUCUUCCUACAAACUCGGCGUCAGGACGACACUUCGCGCGCGUCAUUCGCGUCGCUUGUGACGACGGCUUUACUCCAAGCUGGUACAGAAGCCGUGCAGCCUUCACGGGACACUGAAGACCCAGAUGAAUGGCUCAACAUCGACUCACAAUCGUUCGAUGACAUGCUAGAGAAGAAGAUGGGCGCUCCAAAGACAGAUGUUCCAAUCAAUCCGGACGCUAUGGAUGUUGAUCUCUCUGAAGGCGAACUAGCAAAAGAGCGCAAAGCGGAGAUAGAGCAGGCGUCGAAAUUGCACGACCUUGCUAAAAAGGUCGAAACUUUCCUUGAAGGGAAAGGUGGUAUCGAGGGUGCAGAGUUUGAAGAUGAACAAUCAUCGGGGGACGAGAUGGAUGAGUUCAGCGACGAGAAGUUCUCGGACGACGAUUCAGACGAUCCGGACGAUGACGACGACCAGGACGAUGGUGCUGCCAAACUAGCCCGCCGCGAAGCAAUGGACAAACUGGUUCCAGGUAUCGAUCCCUCAGAAUAUGGCAAAAUGCCGAUCUCGUUUCGCAACAACUCUCAAAGAGUUGCGCCCACCACUGUUUCCACAGACACCAUUGGUGGAGCCGAGGAUGAUGGUCAAGUGCAGCAGAAGCCUGUCCGUGCACCAAUCUUGAUGCGGGACAGGUAUGAGGGUGUAGACUCCGAUGACGAGACGGACGAAGAAGACGAGAUCGAUGAAGAAGAAGAGGAAGAUCAGCCCCAAGUCGUUGGCGAAAUCGAAGUGGACAUGGAGGAAGAAGAGGAUGAGUUCUUGGAAUUUUCAAGGCAAGCCCUUGGAAUAUCGGACGAGCAGUGGACAGAAAUAAUCAGUGAAAGAAAGAAUCGAGGGGCAUUUGUACCAUCUCAUAUCAAGACGGAGAGCCAUUCGGCUGGGAAAGCCCCGAAUUCGUCUGCUACUGAAGCCAACACAUCUGAGCAGAGGUUGAGAGAACCCCAACCUGGCCCAAGGCCGAAUGCCAACCCCAACCUUGACUCUUUUGAGGCGGUCAUGCAGGCAAUGGAUGCCGAGCUUGCACGGUCACGAUCUCAAAAAUCACAGGGAGUGCCCAACUCCGUUCCAAGCGCAGAUAAGGGCAAAGGAAAGGCAAAUGCGACCACGGCCGAUGAUGAUGCUGACAUAGAGACGGUCAUGGACGCUGAGUUGCAAGCUGCCCUGGAACAAGGCGAGGAAGACAAGGAUAUCGACUUGGAUGCGGAGGGCGGGAUGGACUAUAAUUUGAUCAAGAAUUUCUUGGAGAGCUUCAAGAGUCAAGGAGGGCUUUCGGGACCAGUCAGUAGUUUGGCGGGGAGGCUGCAGCCAGGAUGGAGUCUUCCAAGAGACGAAUCGUAGCAUCGUGGUGCUUGAUAUUUGGUUCUUGUGAGUCUGGCCUUAAUCGACUGCUCAGACCGAUUCGCAUCACAUAUUCUCCGAUUAACGCCAAGUCACU